AUGGCUACGAUAUUUGGUGUAUCGUUGAAUCCUUUUUCAACGCCUGUAGGUGAAAAAAUUGAAUUAGCAACUGAUGGAGGCUUGGCUUCUGAAAAUUGGUCACUUAAUAUGGAAAUUUGUGAUAUGAUUAAUGACACAGAAGAAGGACCUAAAGAUGCAAUUAAAGCAAUUCGUAAAAGAUUGCUUCAAAAUGCAGGAAAAAAUCAUAAAAUUAUCAUGUAUACCUUGACAGUUUUGGAAACAUGUGUGAAAAAUUGUGGUAGACGAUUCCACGUUUUAGUUUGUAACAAAGAAUUUUCUCAAGAUUUAAUUAAGCUAAUUGGCCCAAAAAAUGAUCCACCUACCAUUGUUCAAGAAAAAGUGUUAAGUCUUAUUCAAAGUUGGGCAGAUGCAUUUCGUAAUCAACCUGAUCUACAAGGAGUUUAUCUUGUAUAUAGAGAACUUCGUCAAAAAGGAAUUGAAUUUCCUAUGACAAAUCUUGAUACUAUGGCCCCAAUACAUACACCUCAUAAAAGUUAUUCUGAAGAGCUCAAACCAGCAAUCUGUUCACAUUCAAAUGAUCAAACAAACAGUAGGUCAAACAGACAAGAUCAACUAAAUAAACUGAAUUCUGAUUUGGAGUUAGUUCGUGGUAAUAUGACGGUGUUGAAUGAAAUGCUCUCAGAAUUGGUACCAGGAAAAGAAGAUGAAUCAGAUGUUCAACUUUUAACUGAUUUAUAUACUACGUGUAAAGCAAUGCAAGAAAGAAUUGUUGAACUCCUUGCUAAAUUAUCAGAUGGUGAACUUACUGAACAGCUCUUACAAGUCAAUGAUGAUUUAAACAAUCUUUUUCUACGUUAUAGCAGAUAUGAAAAGAAUAGAGAAGCGGAAUGUAGCUCUGUGGAUGGUCCAUCUAUAAAAACAACUGAUUUACUCCAAGGUUUUAUUGAUGAGCCAAUUGCUACAACUUCAAACCAAUUUUCAAAACUGAGUGUUAAUAAUGAAAAGCCUAAACAGAAUCUUCCUGCAGAUUUGCUUACUAGUAUUCAUACAGAUGACUUUGAUAUGUUUGCUCAAUCUCGAUCAGUAUCAUAUGAAAAUACAAAAGUUGGUGGAAGUAGUUAUGAUGCCAAUCUAAAGCCAGAUCAAGUCAACAGCUUAGCUUCUUUGACUCAAGCUCGAUCACAAAAUGUGACAACAAAAGAUGAUUGUGCUCAUGAAGAUGUCAUCAGGAUGCAUAGUGAACAAGAUUUUGAUGAAAUAGCAGCUUGGCUCAGUGAAAAUCCGGGGAAUUCUGCAGCACCAGGUGUUGAAAUCGAAGAAUCUCUAUCAAGCAGUGAAUUUGAGAGAUUCUUAGCAGAAAGAGCAGCAGCUGCUGAACAUUUAACCACAGGAAAUAAUGAUAAUGAAUCAAGACGUAGCAAAGAAAAACAAGGUGAUACCAUGUUUGCUUUGUAA